AUGAAGUGCCAGGCUUUUAUUGUUCUAACAUUAAACGGGUUUAUACCUAAGGCGCUCUGUCCUGUCUUCCACAUUGGUGCCGUGAAUGAGAAGGCAACAGGGCCGUCAUCGAUCGUCAUUCACACAGGUAUGGACCGCUCACACUUAAUCAAACGACGCAAAGUCCUUCGAACGCAAGCAACUACGGUCGUCAACGAGCUCCAGCAGCUCAUCGCUACCUAUCCACUCCCUGAUCGCUGUGACAUUGACGAGAACUGCUUACGCCUUCGCGAAAUAGACGAUGCGUUACGCGAAGUCGACAAUGCACUCGCACCCCUUUUUACUGAACAAGAUUACGCUAAACAGUUCGAAUGUGAAUAUAAGAUUCGGAGAACCCUCUUUCGUGCCAACGUUUUCUUGACGGCGAAAUACUCCUCAUCACGGGCGUCUCCAACUGCGAAUACAGUUGCUUACCCUCAGAAUCCCAACGAAGCUGCGGCCAUUCCUCCGCACCGAACAAUUCACCUUCCCUUCAAAUUCGAUGGACAGAAGGGCAAAUGGCAGCUAUUCUGGACUCGUUUCGAAUCUACCAUUCAUAACAACGUCACCCUCGCCGACGGCGAUAAGAUGAACUACUUGAUGGCUGCCUUGGAAGGUCAGGCUGUAAACGCAAUUAGUGGCUUACAAAUAACGGCAGCGACGUAUAACACAGCCACUAGUCUUCUCCGUGAUCGCUUUGGGAACGACUCUGCUCUUGUCGAAGAUCACCUGAAAAGUCUUGCAGACGUCGAACCUGUCAAAUCAAGCCGACAGGUCCCAUAA